UGGCUAUCUUAUGGCUAUCUUAACCUAAAAUUGAUACAUCAAAAAUAAGUCAAAAAUGUUAUUUUUUUUUUAUUUAUGAACUAUUAAUGGUUACUGUGAUUUUAUAGAAUGAUUAGAGGUAGACGACCAAAUAAAGGGUUUGAAAACCUGCAUUUUAAGUUAAUCCGUGUAUUGGUAAACAAUCGCCGAAAAUAUUAUGCUUUGUGUCUUAAAUGUAACACGGAACUUAAAAACACUUCUGAAAGUCGUUUACAAAUACAUAGCAACAAAUGCAAGAGAAAAAACAGGGGAAAAUCACUGGAAAACGAAGCAGUUUUUGAAGAUUCAGAUCUUGAUCCCAAUAUGGAAUUUUUACUUUCAAACCCCACUAUAGAAAUGAUUGAUGUGGAGGGCCUCCAAGAUAGUAAAGAAAAAGUUAAAGAUUCUUUCAUAGGAAAAACAGAAGACAUAGGUAUUAAAAAAGAAAGUAAAGCAUCCUCUUGCUUGGAAAAAGAUCCUCCAGAUCACAUAGGAAGUCCUAAGCCUCAUGGUGUUACUUUUAAGUUAGACUUAAGUGAGUUAAAGAAUAAAAACAGUGAUAAAGCCAUAAGUAAAUUGGGAAACAUUUCUCAUGCAAGUGCCAAUAGAGAUCAGGAUGAAUUUGAUAUUUAUGGGCGGCAUAUUGCCAGUCAACUUCGUGCAAUGCCUGCUGGAAAGGCAGUUUAUUGUCAAGAAAAGAUUGAAGAAAUAUUAACAGAAGAAAGACUUUGUUUUGUAAAAAGUGAGAUAAAUGAUAAUUGAUAAUUUAUAAGGUAUUAUUCAGUGAUUUCUUUAACUAUUUUUUUGAAAUUAAAUGUGACUUACUUAUAGCUUUAUAUCUUAUAGAUUGCUUGUUCUUCCAUUUGUUUUUAAUUAAAAAAUAUUUUAAUUUUUUAUAGUUUAAAAUUAAGAAUGACUAAUAAUGCUUUGAUCUUUAUAUAAAUAAGUGAUAAAUAAACCGUACUUUAUGUUAAUAAAUCUUAUUAUUUUCUAUA